UUACAAUUUUUACUAAAAUGCUAAAAUCACGGGUGUUCGAGCGAGUUUGGGAACAGGAAAAGUUGUACGUCUCGUGUUGCGGGUUCCACACGACGAACGCCAACACCUGUCGAUGCAGCCAAUGGAAAGGCGCUCUUCCCUGAACGGUGCCUCGGACAAAGCAGGAAAACGACCAUCCUUUCUUUUACUCGUGGCGGUCAAAGCCCGAGGGGCGCCUGCCACUUCGACGUACUUGUCAGGUUAGAGGUCACAUGACUAAUCUGACGAGGAUGUGGGUCCCAGAUGCCAGAUUUAGCCUUGUCACGCCACGUUUGAGGUGGAUUUUCCAGAUCCGGCGCCUUGGGCUGUGACACCUCAUCACGUAGGAUACGGUCUCGUAAGCAUUAUAAGUAUGCUGGUUUGGGCUCUUUUUGGGUGCCUUCCGUCGCCGCGUCGGACGCUCUCCUCGUUAUCGAAACCCUAGCGCGCUCAGAUCUCUCGCUCGGUGUCCAGGUCAAGCUCUGACUUGUUGCCAUCUCGCCAUCCACCUCCUCCGCCUCUCCCGUCAUACUUCGCUGGAGCGCGUCCACCUGUGGUGAUUAAAUCUCACCCUUGACCCCGAUGGGUUCGCCCAAGGAGAAGACGAAGACCACCAUCAUUUCCUCCCCAGCCUCCGCCCCUGCCAAGACGCUGCCGAGCGCCUCUUCCGAGCCCACGCAAGAACCACCACCUCCGGUCCCGCCGGCGACCACAUCUGUCCUCCCCGAAUGGUCCGCCUCCCUUCAGGCUUUCUACGGCCGCGGAGCCGCUGCCAUGAUGCCCCAAGCCUUCUACCCCCCACCCCCCAUCGCUGCCCCGCAGCCUGUCGUUUGGGGAGCCCAGCAAGUGAUGCCGCCCUACGGCAGUCCGAUUGCUUACGCUUCGUUCUACCCACACGGAGGUUUUUUUGCUCAGCCCCCGAUGAAUGCGGCCAUGGCUUACCGCACCCCGGAAACACAAGGAAGGCCCCCGGAGGCUAAGGACAAGCAAAUCACAAGCAAAGGGACUUCCAAAGAUGGAGGGGAAUUGACUGGAAAAUGGGGGAACGGUGGUAAAGGAACGUCUGGUGCUGCUGAGAAUUCCUCACAAAGCGAUGACAGUGCCACAGAGGGGUCAUCAGAUACUAGAGAAGACGGUAGCCAACCAAAGGAUCAUUCUUUAGCCAGAAAGAGAAGUUAUGGAAACAUGAUUGCAGAAGGUGAAGCUUCUCAUCCGCUCGACACUGCUGAACAUAGUGGUGCUAAUGCUGAAUCAACUUAUAGUGGAAGGUCGCGGACUGCCAAAAAGCUUCCAGUCUCAGCCCCAGGAAGAGCAACAUUACCUGGUUCCCAAACUAAUUUGAAUAUUGGCAUGGACUUUUGGGGUGCUACCCAUGCUGGAUCUGUACCUAUGAAGGAUGACCGUGAACUGAGGAGGGAGAAAAGAAAACAGUCUAAUAGGGAGUCUGCUAGGAGGUCAAGGUUAAGGAAGCAGCAAGAAUGUGAGGAAUUGGCCAGGAGAGUGACUGAUUUGGAGAGCGAGAACAGUGCACUCAGAGUAGAAAUUGAAAGUCUCAAGAAAUUGCGUGGGGAACUGAAAGCCGAAAAUAAAUCAAUUAUGGUUAGUUGUUUUAUUACAUGUAUUAUAUGUUUGGGUAUGGCUGUCAUUUUACAUGUUGACAUGGAAUAGGUUCAGUUUUUGUCCAGUCAUGGUUUUUGCUGGUCUGAUCCAAAUUGUGUAUAAUUAAUCUAGGAUUGUUUGCUACUAGUAUACCUGAACUAUUCUUACGGAUCAGUUAUGGGCUGCAAAAAAGGUUAGGUUCAUAGGUUUUGAAUUUUCUAGUUUUUAAGUGUAUAAUCUAGUUAUCUCCUAAAUAUCAUUAAACAUUCAAUAAUUAUGGUAUUGAUCAGGUAUCUUUCAACCAGAUUAUUGUUGUGUGUGGAAUGAAUGCAAUGAUCAUUUGUUGCUAUGUGCUCACAGUUAACAUGUGGGGACGGACAUGACUUUGUACUGGAUCUUUGUAACUGUAUGGUGUAACCAGAAUAUGGGCAAGCAAUGCUUUCUGUUUAUAAGAUAAUUUGUUAUCGGUGGUUUCUAUGUCCAUAUACAUUGAUGCACCUUCAUUACAUUCUCAUUCACGACAGUGAAAUCUUUUCAUUUUUGGGAGGGACAAAUUGUGUUUAUAUGAUUCAUAUGUGAUAUACCCCUUCUUCAGUCCCAUAAUAAUGUUGUUUUUUUAUAUACAUCGGUUCUUUUGCUGCAUGGCCGAGUAUCAAAUAGGACUGAUUGCUCACAACAAAGCUAGGGCUGGUUAGGUCGUCGACGAUCCAACUUAACUAAAUUGGCAUCUCGUUUCCUCAAUCAUCUUUUGUUAUUUUGGAGUUGAUUUUAUUAGUAUUUCUCGUUGAAAAAUUAUACUUUGACAGAGUAGUUUUUUUCUUGCAAUCUGGCUGCGGCGGUGUGCUUCCUAUUUAGUUUCAGAAAGCAAAAUGUAUUAAGCCUUGUGGUUGCAUUGCAUUAGUUUGAUUUUGUUUUUGUUGGUGCAUUAGUUAAAUCAUGAACAGAGCCCUUAAUAUGUACACUGAAUAAGUCUCUAUCAUGUAUUCCCCCCCUAUUUUUUGUAGAAUGCUUGUGUUGGACAUACAUUACUGUCUAUUUAGCUUCCCUAUGAUGUGUCUAUUGUUUA